CUCUCUCCUGUCAGUUACUCUAACCUCUCUCCCCUGUCAGUUACUCUAACCUCUCUCCCCUGUCAGUUCCUCUAACCUCUCUCCCCUGUCAAUUACUCUAUCCUCUCUCUCCUGUUAUUCGCUACAUUUUCCCCUGUCUUUCACGAGCAAUCCUCCACUUUCUGCCUUUUAUAUAUUUUUUUUCGCCUCUGGCUUUUUUCAGCCGGGAUCUCCUCCCCAUCCUGACGUCAGUGUCCCGGGGCGGUCCGGCCGGGUCCGGUGCUUGUCCUUGCUGGCCGGGAGGAGCGGUGCAGUGGGCGGCGGCGGCGGCGGUGGCGGACGCAGUGGGCGAGAGCCGAAGCCGGAGCCGGACUGAGUGUCCGGAGGGAGGCGAUGGCCGGCAGCCUGGCCCUGCAGAGCCAGCACUGGUCCCCCAGCCACGUCCAGGUCACCGUGCUGAGGGCCAGGGGCUUGCGGGCCAAAGGCAAGCACAACACCAGCGAUGCGUUCGCCAUCAUCCAGUUGGGGAAGGACAAGUACUCCACCUCGGUGCUGGAGAAGAGCCGGGAUCCCGAGUGGAGGGAGGAAUGCACCUUCGAGGUGAUGCCGGACUGGGUGUCAGAGCCCCAGGAGGGUGGGGGAGGAGGAGGAGGACACGGGCCGGAGAAGGAGCUGGUCAUCACCAUCAUGCACAGGUCCCUCAUGAGUUUGGACAAGUUCCUGGGACAGCUCAUCCUCCCCUUGGCUACCGUCUACCAGGAGAAAAGCAGCAAGAAACCCGCGUGGUACAAGCUGUCUUCAAAGCCCGGGCAGAAGGAAAAGGACAGAGGGGAGAUCCAGGUGAUCAUUCAGUUUGUCCGCAACAACAUAACUGCCAGCAUGUUUGAUCUGUCUUCAAAGGAGAAGCCACGCUCAGCACUGGGCAAGCUGAAGGACAAAGUGAAAGGCAAGAAGAAGCAUGAUAAGCUGAUGCCUGAGUCUGCAUCAGCCAUUGUGCCGAGCAGCGUAGGGCAGAUCAUCAGUGAUGAUGAGUUCAAUGAGAAGGAAACGCCGGAGAAGAGGUCCAAGAAAGGUUUCUUUUCAAAGCCCAAAUUGCACAGGUCCUCGCUGACCAAAUCCAACAGCUCCCUCAGUUCACAGCAGAGUGUGAAGUCCAUGGAGAGCGUCAGCAGCAGCACUGGGGCCGUGACAGUAUCGUCUCCCCAAACCACUGCACCACCGACUGGUUUCUAUCCUCUGCUUAAUAAAACAGAUGACAACCCAUUGUUACCCAAGAAAAUGAUGCAUAAGAGAGCUCUUAGCGAUGAGGUCGGCCAGGUGGUUGCACCCGAAAUCAAGGGCCUCACACCAAAGACCAACCCCUUGUCUCGGUCAUCACUCUGUAUCAACGGGAGCCACAUCUACAGCGAGGAGCCUUCCUCAAAAUCCUCCUCGGGUUUAUUCUCCGAUUCGUCGCCCCUGUUGCAUUCCGCUCAUGAUUUUGUGACCAAGAGAGAGCACGCUCCUCGGCCAGCUUCGAUUGAGGGGCCCGAAGGGAGGCUCUGGGCAGCUGGGGGCAUAGGAAAAGUGGAGACCAGGCUGAUUCCCCCAGUCAUCACAGUGGCUAAUGAAGAGGGUGCUCUGGUUCCUGCUGCAGACAUCCAGAGGCAGGGCGAGGUGGGAAGUACCCGGGGCACCAAGCCCGUGCACGCUGCUGUCCCGAUCAUCUCCACCGCUGAAGCGACGAAGAAGAACAUUCCGGAUGAGACGAAGAAGGCCAGCAUUUUCCCCUUUGGAAGCGACAGCAAGGACUGUGAGAGCAGGAGAUCCCGGACUCCGUCUCCAGUGAGGAAAUGCAGCUCUAUGGCUGAAAGGAGUAAAAACGAUGGAUGGUUCGUGAAGGAUGCUAAUCACAAACCAAGCCUGGACGUGUCUCCUAUGGUAGAAACCAGUUCAGAUGCUCCCUUGUUCUCUCCUCGUUUACCAUUGCAUCCUCCUCCUCCAGUUCCUCCUGUGCCUCUUCUCCUUCCACUUUCUCUUUGUUCUUCCAUUCACCCUGUCUCACUGGGUAGCACAACUAACACUAACCUGUCCACAGCUGCUGAGGGAAGUCUUGUGCCAUCCUCAAAGCCAACUACCAAUCCAUUCUUCAAUGCUCUACAGAAUAACCCUUUCUUUGAGGACCUCUUAGCUGAUCAAAUAUUAAAGUCUCCUCCCUUCACGUCCUCUUCCUCUAGUUUAACCUAUGGGUCUCAAGGUGUAUCCGACGUGUCGCUUCCCUCCCCAAGCACAGCUGAAUCCAGUGGCAGAGAUUUGCAUGCCUUGCCAAAACCUGUAGCCAAAGAAGAGAUUCCUGCCAGCCCUCCUUCUGCUGCUCCAGCCUCUACAAUGACCAGAACAAAUAUAAGCUCUUUCCAAAGGCCAGGGCCAACAGCUCCAUCUGCUCCACUGGUCACCUCGGAUUCAGCCAUGUGGUCAGCUGUCUUCCCUUCAGCUGGAGCUGAUGCUGAGGUUAAAGGUCAAGUAAUACACUCAUGUUUAGUACCCACAAGCGCUGAAUCAGUGGGUGAUUUGAAUGUCGCCACACCUUCCAUUGGGCCAAGGCAAAUGAAAAUGGAGUCUGGGGUGGAAGGUGAGUGUUCUUCCAUAUUCACCCAAGAGGUUGACCACAAGACUGUGGAAAUGGGUCCUUCAAUUCCAAAUACUGCCUCAAUCCAACCCACUAAUCAAGGUAGCAGCAUUUCCUUUAAUAUCUCAGGACUGAGGGCCAACUCAAAAGCCAAGAACAAUGAAUCCUCAGAUAUAAUUGAGGAAGAAACCACUACAGAGAACGCAAACCCCUUGGACUUAAAAACCUGCUCUGCACAAGACACUACCCAUUUUCCAGCCAUUGAGAGUCCAUCCCAGAUGGAAAGUGGAUCACCACCAAUGAUUCAGAACGCUGUCUUCAGUAAAGAACAUGAGUUUGUUCCAGAAUUGAGAAAUGAUCUUGAACCCCAGACUAACUCUGAGUCUCUUGCCUUACACCAAGAAAAGAUUACGAAGGAACAAAAAGACCUCAGUAAUAUGGAGAAAUCUUCACUGAAGGAAGGUGGCAGAGGCCCAAGGGACAUUGCCAACAAGUCCGAAGGCUGGGAGCAUAUUGGCAGUUCUCCCUUAUUGGUACCUGAGCCAGAAGUCACUGCAGGUGACAAUCAUGGGACAACACAGGCCAAAAGUAGUAAAGCCAGCAUUGUGCCUUUAUUCCAAGACAGUCACGAUAAUGUCCACCAAGUCAUCUUUGGCAAAGAUGACAAAAGGUCCCAUGAAGGUUGUCAAAGCAUUGACAGAGUGGGAAACAAAUUCCAGGAUGUAGACGUGCCCUGUGAAGGUGCAGGGAGGAGCCCAGAGACUAUUGCUGCUAACAACGAUAUUAUUUCUGAAUCAAUGGUCAGAUUGGACUCUCAGUUUACACAGAUUGGACCUCCACCUCCUAAACCGCCUAGGCUGCUUGCUUGUGCUGAUCUGGGUUUGGAAGCAGAAGGCAACUUGGUGAAGGAGCAGCAAAGAGAAAAAGAGAUGCCAUUUGACCCUCCAGCAACUGCUGUGCAGUUGGCGAACCUAGCAGAACAGCAGUUGGAUCGAAGGUUUGAACAAAAGACGUCUCUUGUGGUCUCCAGCCCAGCUGUUGAUGAGGUAAAUCCUGAUCGGACUGAUCCCAUGUCCGCAGAGUCUGCCGCUAAGGAGUCUGUGGAUAAUAUUAAACCAUCAAAUGAUGUGGUAACUAAGGGGGAGGCCUUUUGUGGGACCAUCGAGUUGAGUGUAAAUGAGAGAACAGGGGUUGAGCACUACAAGACCUGUCUUUCUGCACUCUCAGCGGAGGGAAUAAACACGUCAAUUGAUGCUGAUGGAAAUUCAAACAAAUUGGAUGUUUUCCAACAAACUCUUACUUCGAGUCUAAUUGACGUCCACCAGGCGAAGCAACCUGUCAAGUUACAGCCCGCGUUGUUGAAAACAACUGCUGGUGCGAGCUCGCUGGAGACCAUUUCGCUGGUCGAUGAGAGGCCACCGACAGUUCUGGAACGGCCGAAUGCAAAUCGUAAAGAGGAAACCAGCUUGCUCUGGCGUGAUCAGAAUGACCAAUCGGAGUUGGCGUUCAUAUCGGCUGUCGAGGAACUGCCUCACAAGUCCAGUCCUAUCUUUCCCGAGUCUUUGGGGAGUGGAGAGCUAAACACCGAAAUAAGCGAGGAAGCUGGAAAGGGAAGGGGGUCUUCCACGUUAAGGGAUUCGGAGGAAACGCUAACCAGAAGUAUGGAGGUGGAAACUCUGGGCAGCCAGUCCAGCAAGGCUUCGUGUCAAAGUGCUGGGGUGAGGCCUGUCUUACGGGCUGAGCCUGUGAGUCUUCGGACAGGAAGGGAUCAGCGAGCCAAAGGAGAGGAAGCCACCUUGGCUGACCAUCCUGCGCCUGAUUUUUGCCUGUCCUCGACUGUACAAUCUGACCAGGGACAGUUUUCGGAAAAGGCAGACGGUGCGGCCUGUAAUAACCAGCCAUCUGCCCAGGAUGAUGAUCAAUCGGUGGGCGAUGAAAAGCCAAUGACUGAUGGUUGUUCUUCAGCCAUUUCCCAUGCCCAUUCUGCAGCUUGUGAUUAUUUCUUUGAGGAAGGACUGAGCUUUAAAGAGCUUCAUCUAAAGGCUGCACCGCAUGCCCUUCAAGUCACUAACUUCACUAGGGAGCAGUUGGCUCAGCCUCCACUAAGUAACAACCCUUUGGCCUUCUCUACCCCUUAUCCUGUGGCUGUAACUAACUCUAGAGUAACCGAUCUGCCCUCCCCCAUCCUCUUCCCAUCGAAUGUGGUUCCUCCCUCAGAGACCACCCAGCCAGCAGUCACCCCCCAUCACUCGCUGCAGUCCAGUGGUUCGAAAGUGCCGGCGCUUACUGUUUUGCCCCGGGAGACACAGCCGGCUGAGAUGUCCUUCCCUCAGCAGAGGAUCAGCCCUCAUCCCGUGAAGCCUAUCAGCAGCACUGUGCACCUUACGGAGAAGAAAUCUGGUCUGUCGGGUAUUGGUAGCACACUAAGCAGCGGGCUUGAGAAACUGAAGAAUGUGACUACAGGAAGUAUCAGCCCCAUCAGGUCACCAGCACACGAGGAGCAGGAAGCAGUAAAGGAAUCCAAGCCCACGGACCCAGUCGCUCGCUACUACCACCUUACACAUGAUGAGCUCAUCAAAAUAAUCCUGCAGCAGGAAUUGGAGUUGCAGAAGAGGGAAGAGCAUGUGCGGGAUCUGGAAGAGUACAUUGAUGUGGUGCUAGUGCAAGUCAUGGAGCAAAAGCCUAGCAUUCUCCAAUCAGUGAGUGAAAAAAUGAAGGACAAGAUGGCUAACAAAUAAGAGCAUUGUGCCUGACACAGUGUGACUCUAUGGGUUUCCUCUCUGUACCUUUACACUAGUAAAUGCUGGAAUCACACUCAAAUAGUGCUACAGAUUUAAAGUAAUCAAUUUUCUGCUGUAAAUGGCCUGUGUCUUUAAAUGAUUGUCCCAAGAGGGAGAAUAAUAAUAUGGUAAAGAGAUGGGAAAAGGGGUACAAGACUUAGUGACACUUUGGGUUGGAAUAUUGUGUUUUCACAAUUGGGACCAGAAGGUAACUGCAGCUCCAAUUUGUUUGUUCCAAGAGUUCUAAGUGAAACAUUUAGGGCAACCUGUUCUUAGUGGGCAUGAGACUGCAGCAGAAAACUUCUCCUAUAAUUCAUUGACAUCAAACUGGCAAUUUUGUUCAGAGGCCACAGAAGGCUGCUGUGGGAAAUUGUGGAGAAGUUCUGAAAGAAAACCAUCUGGAGCUUGUGCUGUAAGGAGUCUUCCCUGAGGUUGAAACAAAGUUGAAAGUAGUUUUAAACUGCAUAUAACCUGUGCUGUACCAAUUUCCUGUGCCUUGGCAAGCAUGAAACAAGUUCCACAAAACAUGGUCAGUGUGUUUUUUUAAUUCAUGCUCAACUUCCAGACAAUCUGUCACAUACCGAUUUUCCCCAUAUAAAACCUGAUGUCCUAUUUCGUUUUCCCAUCUGUCUUGGCUGGACAGUCUAUGUAAUUGUUUGAUAUCUAGGAAUAAGAAUUGUUCUCUAUGCAAUUUAACUGUUAUUGAUGCCACGGUAUCCUUCUGCAGAACUGAUGACAUUUUUAAACAAAAAAGAAUUGACCUGAUACUUUGCCAGUCCCCAUCUCUUCCAUUCACCAACCAGUACUCAGAUGAACUGCACCCUGGUGACUGCAGUUUCUUAUUAUUUCUCAUUAUACUCAACGAGUUUUUAUUUAUAGAAGUAAUAUAAUCCGUCCACGGUAUUGUUUGUCACAGUGAGAGCCUGAAGUGGUUGUUGCCUGAUACCCACACUAGAGCACUUUUGGGUAAAGUUCAAAGAAUAAUGAUUGGCAAUGGGAAACUUGCCUGAUUGAUUUUUUUCCCCCCUGUCUGGUCCUGGGCACUAAAGGCAACUAUGAUGCCCUUGAUUGAUAUCAGCCAGCUGAGCAUUGCCACGGGUUGAUCCUGGAGGUCCUCUGGUCUGUAUGGCACAGCUGGCGCAGUUAGAGGAUGAGGUGGGGAGGGGAACAUCUUCCUGCUAACAUCCAGUGUUUUUUUUAAAUAAAUUGAAUUGAUCGAGUGAAUCCAGGACAAUUUUGUUGUUCCUUCAUUCCCAGACUACAGUUGGGGUCUGUGAGGGUUUAUCUGUUACCAUUGGCAGCACGCUCAUGCACAUAACCGCCAACGAUUGCAAAAAAUACCCCAAAACGAAUAACGAAUAAUCAGAAAUUUCAUAUGCGAUGAAAAGAAGCUUUUGCAUCGACAAGCAAAGUCACAAAUGUUUUUUGCAGGAACAGUGUCCCUUAUGAGUAAAAACAAUAUAGUCACUCAGGAAAUCACCAAGCAUCAAAGCAUCAAUUAUUUUUAUAAGAGUUGGUUGGUUUCCAUCCCACAGUUGGAGUCUGUCUACAAAGAUCAUUUAAAGCACUGUAUAUAAGAUAUAUUUAAUUUGCCUUGCUAGUAUAUUUUGUAUAAUCCUAUCUCAGCUUCCAAAGUGAGAAUAUUCAGAAACUGCACAUCUGUUCUCAAAGCAAAUCCAUUAUGGUAAACUGCUUUUAAAGUUUAAACUUGAUCUAAUUAAAGCUGCAUCAAUCCUAAGGCCGAGAGGUUCAGUAUCCUGAAAGCACUUCAUGCAGUUGCUGCUCCCUAUGCAUUUUUCAUGUUAUGAAGUCCUAAGGAGCACAGACACUGCAAUGAUCAACUUGGGUCACCAUCAUCCGUGGAGUAGUCCAUUGAGAACAAGUUUGACAAAAGAUAAUAGAUGUUUAUUUUUUUUGUGGACUUAAUUAUGGAAUUAAAAUGUUUUCACCAGUAAUUUAUGCCAGGAAUUAACUUUGAAGUGGAAAAGUUUAGAAUUGGGUUCUUUUUCUCUAUUUCAUUAGCUGCCUUUGCAGAAAGGGAGCAAUUAAUGUACAUGUCAGCAUACUUACCCCUUCCUGCUCGGUCCCAAUGUAUAGCAUCUCAACAGGCUGUGCACUUCUCCUGCUAGUUCCCAAAGUAUAGAAUCUCAAUAGACUCUGCACUUUUACUGCUUGGUCAUAAUGUAUAGAAUCUCAAUAUACUGUGCUCUAUCUUAGAGGGAAGAGAACCCUGUCUAAACUCUUCCUUCAAUUACCUUUGUUAUGUAAUUGGUGAAAAAAAAUCCUGCUUCCAGAAAAUGGAAAUGGAGCUUUGAAAAUUGCUACUUGUUAAUAAAGUUAUAUCAUGAAAUAA